GUGUGCGCAGGUCGUCGGUGAAAGAGGUGGGCGUUCCUCCCUGUUCGUUCGCUGACUGUUGAUGCCAAGACAGUUUUUCUCCUCCACGACCAGCUCUCCCGAUGUUUCUCCCUACGCUCGUAGAGGACAUGCAUCAUUUUAAGCCUAGUCGAGACAGACUGUACACCACCAGGUGUUGCGGGUGUUGCCACGUCCGGACGGGGACCAUCAUCCUGGGAACAUGGUACAUGGUGGUGAACCUGUUGAUGGGCAUCCUGCUGACUGUAGCUGUGACCCACCCAGAGAAUGUCCCCACUAUCGACUUGCAAUAUGAGGUCAUUGACCAUUACUUUGCCUCCGACAGGAUGUCUGAAAAUGCGUGUGUUGGAUUUGCCAUCUCUCUGCUGAUGCUCACCAUCAGUGCCAUGAUGGUGUAUGGAGCCAUUACUCAUCGUGACGGCUGGCUCAUCCCGUUUUUCUGCUACCAGUUGUUUGACUUUGCUCUGAGCUGCCUGGUGGCCAUCAGCUCUCUCACCUACCUGCCCAGGAUCAGGGACUACCUGGACCAGCUGCCGGAUUUCCCGUACAAAGACAACCUGCUGUCUCUGAACUCCAGCUGCCUGCUGCUCUUUGUGCUGGUUUUCUUUGCCUUCCUCAUCAUCCUCAAGGCUUAUUUGAUCAACUGUGUGUGGAACUGCUACAAGUACAUCAACAACAGGAACAUGCCAGAGAUCGCCGUGUACCCUGCCUUUGAGACCCCUCCCCAGUACAUCCUGCCCACUUACGAGAUGGCAAUGAAGAUGCCAGAGAAGGAACCACCUCCCCCUUACAUGCCAGCCUAAACACCAGCCCUUUUGCCAAAACGCACGCACACGCACACGCGCACACACACACACACACACACACACACACACACACACACACACACACACACACACACACACACACACACACACACACACACACACACACACACACACACACACACACACACAGCCAUCAUAAGCAUUCCUAAGUUCCCUCACUAACCCUUCCUGAACCAUUACGCCCUCAUCCCUCCCCUCUGACCUACUGUUUAUGUGUAAGGCCACUGAAGAUGUUCUGUUCAACCCUCCCGCUGUCUUUCUAGAGUCUGUAGAAGAUCUUAGAGAUGUGAGAGGAGAAAUUUGUGUGAAAAUAAAUGAAUGACUGUAAUGUUUGAAAAUCAACAGAAGCUACCCCCUCCCUAACUCCACCUCCCACCUCUGGCCUGUUUUAUGUCUUAGUAAAAGGGAUCUAUGUGAAAACUAAAUUGCUUGAAAUGCUCUCAUCAAUCCAGCACCAUUCUAUCAAUAGAUUCAUAUAUGAAGUGUAAAAAAAAAAAUUAUGACAAUCCAUGUAUUAUAGCUCUUAUUGUUGAAUUGUGUUACAGUUUGACCCUAAUUAUGAAGCCCUAGACUAUUCUUUCUCAGUCUUGAGUGGAGUCUGUAGCACUUUUUUGUCUGUUAUUUAUUUAGCUUCGCUGUGGUUCCAUUCACCUCCACCCCCAGACAUCGUCACCAUUCUGCUGUUAGCAACGCUAGUGAAAUGUUUUCCAGGUAGGGAGAGAGCAGAGGGCACCGAUGGCGGAUCAUUUUCUCUGCUUCUUUCUAACGCGACAUCUGGAGCAAACGGCUAGUCUCGUGAACAUUAGUUGUUGCAUGCUCAUCAGCUCCACCUCCUCCCAUUACUUUACUGGUAAUAUGAUUUUAACCUAGUGGAAAUACAUUUGACUUCAAUAAACAGUUCAGAACAA